AUGGUGUCAUUUACGAGUCUGGAAGUGCAUUAUUCGCUUAAAGCCAGAAUUAAUUCAUCCUUCUACAGUCGAAUUGAUUUUUUCCUCACUGAGAUUCUUAUCAUAAAGAGUCGUGCUAGGCUGAUUUUGGUCGGAACUCCUGGGUUUAAGAAUAUUUUCGACCACACAAGUCACGAAGAAAAAAAUCAAGACCAUUGA